AUGUCAUCGUCAGAGGCAGCGCAAGCCGGACCACCCAAGUUCAAGCUAGCACAAGAGAGGGAACUAUACAAAUAUCUUAAACCCAACGAAGUUUUCCAAUCUGGCCCAAGUGUCCCCACAACACCUGAGAAUGUACAGAAUCAACACACUGCCUAUAUUCCCCGAUCGUCGCCAGAUACCGCUUUGACGGCCUUCGCCCAGCUAGGAGUUUUAAGGUUGAACGCUCAACGUGCCUUGAUUUCACUCUUCGGCCGGGACCAACAAUAUGUCCUCGCAGAGGCCACUCAAACACUCAGUCUUCAAGAUCAUACAGUGGAGAAUGAUAGAGAUGCCUUAUGGCUGGGUUGCUGCGUUGUCCCUAAGGAGUAUGGGAUAUGUCAACAAGUCGCUUCCCUACCGCAAAUAAAGCCAGAAGAAGACAAAAAUGUGGUCAAGGGGGGUAUAUACAUGGUACCUGAUCUACGCAAAGAUGAUCGGUUUAACCAUUUGAAAAUGGUCACCGGCUCUCCCAAAGCGAGAUUCUAUGCAGGCGCCCCCAUCAUCAGUCCUAAAGGCAUCACCAUCGGAUCCUACUGCAUUAUCGAUGACGAGCCAAGAUUCGGAUUGGAUGCACCGUUGAUCAAGUUCCUGCAAAAUAUGGCAUCGACCGUCAUGACCCACUUGGACAUGGCUCGAUGCAAAGCAGAACAUCAUCGUGCAGAGAGAAUGAUUGUGGGGUUCGGAAGUUUUGUUGAAGGUAAGGCGACGCUCCGCAAGGAGUGGGUACAGGACACUGGACUACCCCUAAAUGAACAGCAGCAUGACGAAGGCCACCUAAAUAUGCUACAGCAAAAUGCACAAAUUAAAUCCGGUCUGCUCACAACCAUCCACACUCGCCCGUCAUCCCCGCCGCUGCAGUCACAAUUGUCGCGAAACGAUUUCGAGCAAUUUAUAUCCCCCGGCUUGUCCAGUGUACCAUCGCCGAACCUCCCCAUAGGACCAUUAUCCUCGUCGUCAACAACCCAGUCCGGCAAGGAGUCGGACGCCAGUACUGAUCAGAUAUCAAGUCCCAACAAAGCCGAAACGCAAACUAGUUUCUCUGUCCGAAGCACAGCAUCGACCGAAAAUUUGCAAGACGAUAUGCUGUCUAUCGGAGUUCGACAAGUCUUUUCGCGAGCAGCUAACAUCAUCCGGGAGUCGAUAGAAGUUGAAGGCGUUGCGUUCUUCGACGCGAGCAUCGGGUCUUAUGGUGGUCUGGUCAGCGACACGAAGCGAAAGGGGCCAGGCUCAGAUAGCGGUACUUUUGAAAGCUCCAUGGGCAGUAGUGACGAUAGCACCGGAUCGGAUUCCCAGAAAUUCUCUACCCCGCGAGCCGGGAAGGAUACCAUCCCAGAGAACACGACCUUAUGUGAGAUUCUAGGCUUCUCGACGUCGAAUACGUCCAGUAUCAACGAUGAAUCAAAAGGAAGACUUGCCCUCCGGGAAGUAUUAUUGAAGACGCUUCUGCGGCGUUACCCGCAGGGCAGGAUUUUCAAUUUUAGUGAAGAGGGAUCGAUGUCCUCCGACGAAAGCAGUGAUGGACCUUGGAACAGCUCAUUGGACAGUGAGGGUUCAAACCCGGUCAACGGUGACCUCAUUGGUAAAAGAGCAAGAGGAAGCCGGAAAAAGACGCGCAGUGCCACGAUCAAAGAAGACGGAAACGUCCUCAUUCGACUCUUCCCGGGAGCUCGCAGCAUCGCCCUUUUGCCGAUAUGGGAUUCCCAUCGAGCUCGAUGGUUCUCAGGUGCUCUAGUAUGGACAAACACGCCUCGACGUGUCUUCACGUCUGACACUGAGCUUACGUAUCUUUUGGCGUUUGGAAAUAGCAUCAUGGCAGAGGUGCAUCGUCUGGAUGUCGAGAUGUCGGAGAAAGCGAAAACAAAUCUGGUCAGCAGCAUCUCGCACGAGUUACGAAGUCCUCUCCAUGGCAUUCUUGGCACAUCAGAAAUACUUCGGGACACGGCGAUGAAUGCACUUCAGCACGGAUUAGUACACACUAUUGAAUCCUGUGGGCGGACUUUGUUGGAUACUAUCAACCAUUUGCUGGACUUCUCGAAGAUAAACAAUUUCCGGAAGGAAGGAGGCAAAAACGCUCUUCGCAAAUCGAAAAACCCUUCAAAACGGCACAAAAACACAGACCCAUCACCUCAUAGUAUGAAGCCUUCACGGCGGACACGGCAUAGUGGGAUGAUUAGUCUAAAGUCUAAUAUUCAGUUGGAUGCUGUUCUGGAGGAGGUGAUGGAAAGUGUGUUCGCAGGCUACAGUUUCUACCAUAGCUCACAAAGACCAAUGGCGAUAGACCGUCCGAACCACAUGGCACUUGACGUAUUGGGUCCCGUCCAGCGAGCGAGUCAGGUCAGCAUCAUCUUGGAUAUCGACGAAGCUGCCGAAUGGAGAUUCUCCACCCAGAUAGGCGCCUGGCGCCGAAUAAUGAUGAACAUUUUCGGCAACGCCCUAAAGUACACCACCACUGGCUUUAUCUUAGUGAAGUUGACUGCAUCGCCAGUUCCUCCUGCCAAAGACGCUAUGCCCGGGGGACCUUCUAAUUUUAAGGUGACCCUGACGAUCAAGGACACGGGUAUAGGGAUGAGCAUGGAGUAUCUGCAGAAUAGUUUGUUCACUCCAUUCACACAAGAAGACUCGCUUGCCCCUGGAAAUGGACUCGGGCUCAGCAUUGUGCACCAUACGGUUUUGUCCAUGGGUGGUCAUAUCGAAGUCAGUUCACUCCGGGGUCGUGGUACUGAUGUCUCGAUUGAAGUCACCCUUACCCACGUGCCUGCCCAAAAUGCCAAAUCCAGUCCAUCCGAACCCAAGCCCCUUUUGCAAGUGAAACAUCUUACACGUGGCGCGACUUUGGGACUUCUGGAGCUAGGAUCACCUGAUAUGUCCGAUCGUGAUACAAUCCUUAGUACUUCUUUGGACAACUUAUGCAAGAACUGGUUCGAGAUGGAUGUCCAUAUCCUGAGUCUAACGGACGCUUCCCCGCCCUUAUGCGACUUUUAUGUUGUGGUGCAGACCGAUACCAAUUCAUUGAAUACCUGGGAAUCGUGGUUAUUAAAAACCCAGAAUUAUUCCCAUGGCAAUGUCGGGAAUCGAAGAGUUCCGAUCGUGGUGAUUUGUCGGUCGCCAGAGGCAGCACAUUCCAUGUUUGUUGCAGCAAACCAAUCGAAUCACGAGGCUAUUGUCGAAUUUAUCAGCCAGCCUUGUGGCCCGCGCAAGUUGGCCAAAGCAUUUAACAUUUGCAUAAAACGACAACAAGGCCGGGAACCUCCGGCAGGGGGUGACUCUAAUAUACAUCAGCCUCAGGGGAAGAAGACGUUCCAGUUGACGAAGUCGCUUCCAGUUUCCAAGGAGGAUAUCGAAACACAACGUGCAGAAGAUGAGAUGGAUUUCCACAAACACAAAGCAGGGAAAAAGGCGAUAGAUGAUGAAUAUCGCAAGCUGGAAGACUCACAGCAACCUGAGGACACUCAUCCUUCUCAAACUGAAAUUGAUACCAUUACUUUGCCAACUCGAGAGGCAUUUCCCAAGACAGAGGAGCUGACACUCACGGUGUUGUUGGUUGAAGACAACGAUAUCAAUCUGCAAAUAUUGGUUGCACAUAUGAAGAAAGAAGGAUACAGGUACACGAUUGCCCGCAAUGGUUUGGAGGCAUUGAACACUUUCAAAGCCCAUCCUACAAAGUUCGGAGUGGUCCUGAUGGAUGUCUCCAUGCCUAUAAUGGACGGGUUUGAAGCUACUCGGCUUAUUCGCAAGGCUGAGCGGGAAUAUCAGAACACACUCCUUGCUUCAGCAAAACAAUCAUUUAGACCUACGACUAUUGUCGCUAUGACUGGACUUGCAAGUGCUAGUGCUCAACACGAAGCUUAUGGGUCAGGGAUGGACUUCUUUCUAGCGAAACCAAUCCGACGAAAAGAAUUAUUCCCGGUAUUGAAUGAGAGAAUCCCAGGAGGGGCCAAGAAACUAUCUCAAUGA